AUGUCCACACAAUCAGGAAUCACAGCCUCGAAAGAGCUCUUAUCUUCUUUCAAUUCUAUCAAUGGGGAACCUAUGAUUAUCCGGGUUUCUGAAGAUAGCACAAGUUUGAUCCCAGAUUCCUCUUUCAAGGGUUCAACUGGAAUAUCUGAUGUUUUCGAAUCGCUUAGUUCAUAUCUAUUGGAAACCCAUCCACAACCAGCAUAUUUGGUGAUUCCUACUGAAGCUGGGGAUCUUGCAUUCGCUAGUUAUAUCCCAGAUGAAGCGCCUAUCCGUUCAAAAAUGCUUUACGCUUCUACUAAGAACACUUUAGUAUCUCAAUUGGGAGCUAAUUUUAAAAAAUCACAUCAAUUCGCCUGGAGCGAAAUUGAAGAGGUAUCGAUGAAGAAUUUUCUCAGAUCUUUUGAAGUAUCCGAGAAGCCAUUGACUGAAGAAGAAAAACUUUUAGAUCAAAUCAAUUCUUUACAGAGCUUUUCUAUUGCUGAAGCCUCUGCCAAAUCAAGUUCUCCUGCCUAUAAAAAGCAGCUUGUUUCCAUGCAUGAUAGCUCUGGUUUAUUAUUCAAAGUUCAAGAGGAUUUGGAUGACUAUUUCCAAAAGGCAGGGCAGUCUUCAGUACAUUCUUUGAUCACUUUUGCCAUUGAUUUGGCUUCUGAAAGGGUCAAGUUGACAUCAUCAAAGCAAACAUCCACUGCCACCUUAAUUUCCACUUUAGAAGAAUCAACAACCCCACUGGAUCCACAUCCACAAUAUGCUCUUUACCAUUAUUCUCCACACAAAUUUGCAUUCUUGUAUUCGUGUCCUCUGGGAUCCAAAGUAAAGGAGAGAAUGAUUUAUGCUUCAAAUAAAAAGCCAUUAGUGACUUAUAUCAACUCCAUCUUACAACAAUCAGAGUCUUCUGCUGCCAUAGAUAAGAACUUGGAAGUUGGAGACCUUGACGAAUUAGAAAUUUCAGAAUUGGAUGACCAUGAACAGGAACUGACUACCACCACUAGAGGUUUACGUUUCAAUAAACCUAAAGGUCCACGUCGUCGUUAG